AUGGGUGCGAUGACGAUUGACGAGAACUGGGAAUCAUCAUAUAGUCAGGUCGACAAGAACGCAAGAACGGCUGACGACAGGAGGGAGGGGGGAUUCGUACUUCUUGCCUUCUUGUCAUCUUCUCUUUCGUUUGGCAUUUCCACUUUACGUCCAAGCAUCCUGACCUUUCGUGCUUCGACUACCUCGGCAUUCGUAGGCAAGGAUGAGGAGGACCAAUCCUUCGAGCACGAUGGUCAGGCCGUCAAGGUCCUGGAAGGCCUACGACCAUUACCAGCACAUUCCGGUACCGGGAGCGUGCCCGAAGUACUUGAAGUCUAUAAGACCGCUACCCAUCUUCGAUCUGAAAUUCAAGUAAUAGGUAGCGAUAGUACCGAGCUAUACAACAAAUCGCCGUCGUACACCUCAGAUCCUAGUCGGUCUACCUCUUCAUACGCGUCUUCGACCUUUCAUAAAGAAGCCUUGUCUUCACAGCCCCAGACGAUCAGCAUCGGCGUUUACAAUCAGAGGAAGCGACGUCCAACCCCUGGCCUAGCCGACAUCGUUAUGACCCUGUCUCAUUCCGUCACCUCGGUCCACCCCACAGCCAUCGUUCACCCGGUUCCCCGUGUCGCCAAUUUGAUCGUCGCCGAUGAGAAAAUGCAAUUGGAAUAUCUCGGUGUUUGCGACAUGUCCUAUGGGACUAUGGACAGGGGCUUCAAAGAGCGGUACCAGACAUGGAAGGCUCACUCACAAGCACGCUGGGUAGUUUUCGUCGUUCUUAUGAGCAAGGUCGUGCAUGGGCCGGGACUGGGCGAGAGGCCGGGACUGGACGACACAAUGAUCAUUUUGGCUACUCUGACGGUAGUCAACCGGGACGCUCCUAUCUGUGGGUCGAGGGGUCAGAGCGACAUGUACGGCGGAGGCGUGCAUGAGACGUGGCACGCUCUGAAGGCGGUUGUUGAAGAGAUGGUUCCGAAGGGAGCGCCAAAGUCGUGGUCGAUCAUGGGCAAAAGUCGAGCACAAGCGGCGCAGAUUCAAUGGCUGGACGAGGCCGAGAAGAUCCCACAAAAGUCCAACGACACAAUCGCGAAGCGGCUGGCGGUCCCAUACGAGUAUACGGGCAAUAUCUACGAUGUGGACGAGUGGACCUCGGAGCAGCGCACCAUCGUUACCGACCGGGCGGCAAAAAUGACGGCCGACGAGGCCGAGAGGAUAUGGUCGGCCGUUUGGAAGCCGUGA